AUGUCUUCUACCGUGGCGGUGGCCGGUGGCACCGGUGGUCUGGGCCGGGCACUCAUCGAGGCUAUACUUGCAGAUGGAAAGUUUGAUGUUGUCAUUCUGGCCAGAAAGUACGACGAAGAAAAGGAAAAGCAGAUUGGAGCUCGUAUCCUUCAGGUUGACUACACCAACAUUGAAGCCCUGACCAAGGUCCUGGAGGACCUCUCUACUGAGCCAGAGUUCAACCUCAUUGCGGCUGCUGAUAAAUCUACCCCCACGAAGCGUUACGUUGGAAACGUCUGGGGAGUGGACUACACGGAUGAGUUCGUGAACAGGUCUCCUCUCUUCCAAGCCAAACAUGCUGUCACAGACGCAUUGGACUCUACCAGUCUUGAACAUACUGUCUGGUAUACAGGCUACUUUGCCGACUACUAUCUGAUGCCUCACGCCAAGUCAUAUCUCAAUAUGAUGACUGCGGUGGUCGACAUGGCAAACAAUACUGCCGCGAUCCCCGGGUCCGGCAAUGUUCCUGUGGUGUUUACUUACACCCAAGACGUUGCCAGAUAUGUCGCUGCUUCCCUCACACUUCCACGAUGGUCAUCGCGCACUUGGCUCGUAGGUGACAAGGUGACCUGGAAUGAGGUUGUAGCCCUCGCAGAGAGCGCCAAGGGGGUCAAGUUCAACGUCACCUACGAUUCAGUGGAGACGAUGAAGGCCGGGAGAGUCACCGCCCUGCCAAGCCACCUGCAAAUGAGAGCCUUCAUACCCCAGGAAGUUUUGGAAGGCAUCCUCUCGCUAUACGGACUCUUGUUUGAAGCUGGCGUGUUCGAUUUGAACCCUGAGCACACUAUCAGGCAGGAUUUUCCAGAGAUCAAGGUGAAGACGUUCAAGGAACUGAUCACGGAAGCGUGGGGUAGGAAAUCAUAG